UGAGCGUGGGUAGGAUUUACCAUUAAAAUUAAGGUUGACGUCCAAAACCUCCAGAACACCCAAAUCUUCGGUUCGGUUAUCAGUUCCGAGUAUCCGGAGAUUUCCCAGGAAACGCCAAGCUUAAUUAGAAGUCGUAUAAGACUAUCUAAUAAUUUUUAAAACGAUCUAAUAAUUCAAAUUUAUAGUUUAAUAAAUAUUAGAAUGAAUGAAGAAAAUAUUUUUUACAAUCCUUCAACCAUUUCCUCACUUCAUCAUUCUUCAACAACCUCCUCCUUUAAAUCACUUAUUGACACAGCUUCUUUAUUUUUAUUCGAGGACAGCAAUAUUGGCAGUAAUCCUAAUGCCGUUAUAAAUAAUUCAGUUAAUUCUACUUCAAAUUCAAUUAUAAAUGAUACCUUUGGCACUGAUGCUCAAGGGGGUGGUGCAAUGUCUAAAUGUCUUUAUGAUGAACCCCCACUAACUAAAUUACGCUUCGUUAUUGUUACAUGUAUUGGCACAAGUAUAGCACUUUGUUCUAUUCUCGAGAAUUCCUUUUUCUUUUAUUUGUUUUCAACACGCAAACAUCAUCGUCACUCUUUCAAUUGUUAUAUGAUGUUUAUUGCCCUUUUUGAUAUUCUUAUUAGCAGUUCUUACAUUUUUCUAAUGUCAAUGAAUGUUUUGAUGGACUUUUUACAGUCAUUAACGCUAUUUAGGAUAUGGCAUUAUUACAUGGUGCCGAUGAUUACAGUCUCUCAUUGUGCAAUAACUUCAGGCUCAUUCCUAAUUCUUGCAGCAACGAUUGAACGCUUCUUUUUAACAGCAAAUUCAAGAUAUAUUCGUGUAAUCCAAAGAAAUAGAAAAUACGUAAUUUUAUUUGCGAUCCUGAUGGGGAUUCUGUCUAAAGUUACUAUUUGCUUGGAAUUUAAGGUGUUUCAUGAUUUUAAAAAUUUUCUUUGGCUGAGCUUUGUAUAG